AUGACCUUCAGUUCACCUUUACCCGGUAAUUACAGGUGGAACCUGUGUGUGGUGAAAGGCGUGUCGGGAGGACACCAGUUCCCACCCGAAGGAAGCUACUUUGCCAGCCACUUCAUCAUGGGAGGAGAGAAGUUCGACUCGGCCCACCCCGAAGGCUACCUGUUUGGAGAGAACAGCGACCUGAACUUCCUGGGGAACAGGCCCGUGGCGUUUCCUUACGCCGCCCCGCCACCCCAGGAGCCAGUGAAGACGCUGAGAAGCCUGGUCAACAUCCGCAAGGACACACUGCGGCUCGUCAAGUGCGCGGAGGAGGUGAAGACCCCUGGGGCCGAGGCCGGCAGAGCCAAAGUCCACUACAACGUGGAGUUCACCUUCGACACCGACGCCCGCGUGGCCAUCACCAUCUACUACCAGGCCACCGAGGAGUUCCAGAACGGCAUCGCCAGCUACAUCCCCAAAGACAACAGCCUGCAGUCGGAGACGGUGCACUACAAGCGCGGUGUGUGCCAGCAGUUCUGCCUGCCCUCCCACACCGUGGACCCCUCCGAGUGGGCCGAGGAGGAGCUCGGCUUCGAUCUGGACCGGGAGGUCUACCCGCUGGUGGUCCAUGCCGUGGUGGACGAAGGAGACGAGUAUUUCGGCCAUUGCCACGUGCUGCUGGGCACUUUCGAGAAGGUGAGCGAGUGGCUUUCCAGGGCCUCACCUCACAGGUUCAGCGUCUCCCGGGAGGACGGGCAGGUGGACGGGGUCAGCUACCUGCUCCAGGAGAUCUACGGGAUCGAGAACAAGUACAACACGCAGGAUGCCAAGGUGGCUGAGGACGAGGUGAGUGACAACAGCGCCGAGUGCGUGGUGUGCCUCUCGGACGUGCGGGACACCCUCAUCCUGCCCUGCCGCCACCUCUGCCUGUGCAACACCUGUGCCGACACCCUGCGCUACCAGGGGUGGCGGGGUCUGUCCCACCCCCGCACCCACGUGGCCUGA